AUGUUUGAAAUCCCUAGCUAUUCCUAUAACAUACCAAGUCAAGCACCAACUGUACAAUACACAAAAACACAAGCACCAACUCAAGCAUCAACUCCACCACCAGCACCAACUACUUUACCACAAACACCAGCUCAACCACAAGCUUCAACUCAGGCACCAACUCCGCCAUCAGCACCAAGUCAAGCACCAACUGGACCAUACACAAAAACUCAAGCACCACAUCAUCAGCACCAAGUCAGGCACCAACUGUACCAUACACAAAAACCCAAGCCCCAACUCACCAUCAGCACUAAGUCCAGCACCAAAUGUACCAAACACAAAAACCCAAGCACCAACUCCACCAUCAACACAAAGUCAAGCACCAACUGUACCAAACACAAAAACCCAAGCACCAACUCCACCAUCAACACAAAGUCAAGCACCAACUGUACCAUACACAAAAGCUCAGGCACCAACUCCACCAUCAGCAGCAAGUCAAGGACCAACUGUACCAUACACAAAAACUCUAGCACCAACUCCACCAUCAGCAGCAAGUCAAGGACCAACUGUACCAUACACAAAACCUCAAGCACCAACUCACCAUCAGCACCAAGUCCAGCACCAACUGUACCAUACACUGUACAAUACACAAAAACACAAGCACCAACUCAACCAUCAGCACCAAAUCCAGCACCAACUGUACCAUACACAAAAACUCAGGCACCCACUCCACCAUCAGCACCAAGUCAGGCACCACCUGUACCAUACACAAAAACUCUAGCACCAACUCCACCAUCAGCAGCAAGUCAAGGACCAACUGUACGAAACGCAAAGACUCAGGCACCAACUUCACCAUCAACACCAAGUCCAGGACCAACUGUACCAUACACAAAAACCCAAGCACCAACCCCACCAUCAACACCAAGUCAAGCACCAAUUGUACCAUACACAAAAACUCAAGCUCCAACUCCACCAUCAGCACCAACUACUUUACCACAACCACCAGCUCAACCACAAGCUUCAACUCUGGCACCAACUCCGCCAUCAGCACCAAGUCAAGCACCAUCUUGUACAAUACACAAAAACACAAGCACCAACUCAACCAUCAGCACCAAAUCCAGCACCAACUGUACCAUACACAAAAACCCAAGCACCAACUCCACCAUCAACACCAAGUCCAGCAACAACUGUACCAUACACAAAAACUCUAGCACCAACUCCACCAUCAGCACGAAGUCAAGCACCAACUGUACAAUGCACAAAAACUCAAGCACCAACUUCACCAUCAACACCAAGUCAAGCCCCAACUGUACCAAACACAAAAACUCAAGCACCAACAUACACAAAAACACAAGCCCCAACUCAAGCAUCAACUCCACCACCAGCACCAAGUCAAGCACCAACGGUACCAUACACAAAAACUCAGGCACCCACUCCACCAUCAGCACCAAGUCCAGCACCAACUGUACCAUACACUGUACAAUACACAAAAACACAAGCACCAACACAAGCAUCAACUCCACCACCAGCACCAACACUAAGUCCAGCACCAACUGUACCAAACACAAAAACUCAAGCACCAACUCCACCAUCAACACCAAGUCAAGCACCAACUGUACCAUACACAAAAACUCAAGCACCAACUCCACCAUCAGCACCAAGUCAAGCACCAACUGUACCAUACACAAAAACUCAGGCACCAACUCCACCAUCAGCACCAAGUCAAGCACCAACUGUACCAUACACAAAAACUCAAGCACCAACUCCACCAUCAGCACCAAGUCAAGCACCAACUGUACCAUACACAAAAACUCAAGCACCAACUCCACCAUCAGCACCAAGUCAAGCACCAACUGUACCAUACACAAAAACUCAAGCACCAACUCCACCAUCAGCACCAAGUCAAGCACCAACUGUACCAUACACAAAAACUCAAGCACCAACUCCACCAUCAGCACCAAGUCAAGCACCAACUGUACCAUACACAAAAACUCAAGCACCAACUCCACCAUCAGCACCAAGUCAAGCACCAACUGUACCAUACACAAAAACUCAAGCACCAACUCCACCAUCAGCACCAAGUCAAGCACCAACUGUACCAUACACAAAAACUCAAGCACCAACUCCACCAUCAGCACCAAGUCAAGCACCAACUGUACCAUACACAAAAACUCAAGCACCAACUCCACCAUCAGCACCAAGUCAAGCACCAACUGUACCAUACACAAAAACUCAAGCACCAACUCCACCAUCAGCACCAAGUCAAGCACCAACUGUACCAUACACAAAAACUCAAGCACCAACUCCACCAUCAGCACCAAGUCAAGCACCAACUGUACCAUACACAAAAACUCAAGCACCAACUCCACCAUCAGCACCAAGUCAAGCACCAACUGUACCAUACACAAAAACUCAAGCACCAACUCCACCAUCAGCACCAAGUCAAGCACCAACUGUACCAUACACAAAAACUCAAGCACCAACUCCACCAUCAGCACCAAGUCAAGCACCAACUGUACCAUACACAAAAACUCAAGCACCAACUCCACCAUCAGCACCAAGUCAAGCACCAACUGUACCAUACACAAAAACUCAAGCACCAACUCCACCAUCAGCACCAAGUCAAGCACCAACUGUACCAUACACAAAAACUCAAGCACCAACUCCACCAUCAGCACCAAGUCAAGCACCAACUGUACCAUACACAAAAACUCAAGCACCAACUCCACCAUCAGCACCAAGUCAAGCACCAACUGUACCAUACACAAAAACUCAAGCACCAACUCCACCAUCAGCACCAAGUCAAGCACCAACUGUACCAUACACAAAAACUCAAGCACCAACUCCACCAUCAGCACCAAGUCAAGCACCAACUGUACCAUACACAAAAACUCAAGCACCAACUCCACCAUCAGCACCAAGUCAAGCACCAACUGUACCAUACACAAAAACUCAAGCACCAACUCCACCAUCAGCACCAAGUCAAGCACCAACUGUACCAUACACAAAAACUCAAGCACCAACUCCACCAUCAGCACCAAGUCAAGCACCAACUGUACCAUACACAAAAACUCAAGCACCAACUCCACCAUCAGCACCAAGUCAAGCACCAACUGUACCAUACACAAAAACUCAAGCACCAACUCCACCAUCAGCACCAAGUCAAGCACCAACUGUACCAUACACAAAAACUCAAGCACCAACUCCACCAUCAGCACCAAGUCAAGCACCAACUGUACCAUACACAAAAACUCAAGCACCAACUCCACCAUCAGCACCAAGUCAAGCACCAACUGUACCAUACACAAAAACUCAAGCACCAACUCCACCAUCAGCACCAAGUCCAGCACCAACUGUACCAAACACAAAAACUCAAGCACCAACUCAACCAUCAGCACCAAGUCAAGCACCAACUGUACCAUACACAAAAACUCAAGCACCAAUUCCACCAUCAGCACCAAGUCAAGCACCAACUGUCCCAUACACAAAAACUCAGGCACCAACUCCACCAUCAACACCAAGUCAAGCACCAACGGUACCAUACACAAAAACUCAGGCACCAACUCCACCAUCAACACCAAGUCAAGCACCAACUGUACCAUACACAAAACCUCAAGCACCAACUCCACCAUCAGCACCAAGUUACGCACCAACUGUACCAUACACAAAAACUCAAGCACCAACUCCACCAUCAGCACUAAGUCCAUCACCAACUGUAACAAACACAAAAACUCAAGCACCAACUCCACCAUCAGCACCAAGUCCAGCACCAACUGUACCAUACACAAAAACUCAAGCACCAAUUCCACCAUCAGCACCAAGUCAAGCACCAACUGUCCCAUACACAAAAACUCAAGCACCAACUCCUCCAUCAACACCAAGUCAAGCACCAACUGUACCAUACACAAAAACUCAGGCACCAACUCCACCAUCAGCACCAAGUCAAGCACCAACUGUACAAUACACAAAAACUCAGGCACCAACUCCCCCAUCAGCACCAAGUCCAGCACCAACUGUACCAUACACAAUAACUCAAGCACCAACUCCACCAUCAGCACUAAGUCCAUCACCAACUGUAACAAACACAAAAACUCAAGCACCAACUCCACCAUCAGCACCAAGUCCAGCACCAACUACUUUACCAUAAGCACCAACUCUUACACACACACACACAAACAAGCACCAACAAUGCCACAGGCACCAGCUAACACAUACAUACCAUCUGUAUCCCCGAAACCUUCUAUUUGGAAUAACUGCCAUAUUUUGAAGAUACGUUCUAUAAAAUGCAGAAGAGGCAGGCCAAAAGGAUCUACAAAACCAUUUUGGGAAUUUUCAAGCAAAAUAAAGAAAAGUGUCAAACGAAAAAAUGCUGAAGGUAGCAACUUCAUCAAUAAAAAGCACAUUAUAAAUAUGAAAGAAAAUAUUCUUAAGCAAGAUGCACUUCCAACUACCAAACAUUCUCUUUGGGUCAGCAAUGAUAUCUAUAGGCUCUAUGAUGAUUUCGCUGUAAAAUACAUCGUUGUAAGCUUUUUAGCUUUGGAGAUGUCUUGA